AUGUCUUCAAAGAAGCUUCUUGUUGCCGCUUUGAGCUCUGUUGCUCUGGCGGUUCCUUUCGAAAAUGUAGUUGAAGAGCGUCAAGCGGCUUGUGCCUCAGUUUGGGGACAAUGUGGUGGUCAAGGGUGGACAGGACCUACAUGCUGUGUUAGUGGAAGCACGUGCAACAAGUCAAACGAUUAUUACUACCAAUGCUUGCCUGCCGCUACCACAACUACUAGCACGACCACUCGUCCUACAUCAACUUCCUCCACUGUGCAGACUACGACCGCUCGUUCUACAUCAACUUCCUCCACUGUAAAGACUACGACCACAAAGCCAACAACUACGACUGCAAGUACCACAACUAAGGUUCCUACCACUUCUGCUCCUGUUGGAAGUGGUACAGCAGGAUGGUCAGGGAACCCGUUCGCUGAUGUCCAGAUGUGGACAAACUCAUACUACGCUUCAGAAGUUUCCGCAUAUGCAGUUCCUACUUUAGGAGCUGGCGUAGCGGCCGUUGCGAAAGUGCCUAGCUUUAUGUGGAUAGAUACCCGAGAUAAAGUUGAUCUGAUGGCGAAAACUUUGGCUGACAUUCGUGCGGCCAAUAAGGCUGGUGCUAACCCCCCUAAUGCUGGAAUAUUCGUUGUCUAUGAUUUACCCGAGCGUGACUGUGCGGCGGCGGCGUCAAAUGGCGAGUAUUCCCUUGCUGAUGGUGGUGUCGAGAAAUACAAGGCAUAUAUCGACGCCAUUGCCGAUCUAGCCAAUACUUACUCCGACGUUCGACUGCUUCUAGUUAUAGAGCCUGACUCAUUGGCCAACAUGAUCACAAACUUGAAUGUGGCAAAGUGCUCCAAUGCUCAGCAGGCCUACAUGGAAUGCACCAAAUACGCAAUCGAGAAACUUAACUUGCCUAACGUCGCUAUGUACUUGGAUGCAGGUCAUGCUGGUUGGCUAGGAUGGCCUGCAAACCUGACACCCGCCGCUAAGUUGUAUGCUCAACUAUACAAGGACACCGGAUCUCCCAAGGCGCUGCGUGGUCUUGCUACAAAUGUGGCUAACUACAACGCUUGGAAGAUCAGCACUUGCCCAUCGUACACCCAGGGCAAUGCCAACUGCGACGAGUCUCGCUAUGUCAACGCUAUGGCUCCUCUACUCAAGGAGGCCGGAUGGGACGCUCACUUUAUCACAGACACUGGUCGCAGCGGCAAGCAGCCUACUGGGCAGCAAGAAUGGGGUCACUGGUGCAACGCUAUUGGAACUGGUUUUGGUGAGCGCCCGUCAGCCAAUACGGGCAGCGAUCUUCUAGACGCCUUCGUGUGGGUUAAGCCAGGUGGCGAAUGUGAUGGGACAAGCGACCAGAGCUCCAAAAGGUACGAUUACCACUGCGGACUGUCGGAUGCGCUGCAGCCUGCUCCCGAGGCGGGUACGUGGUUCGAGGCGUACUUCGAACAGCUGUACAAGAAUGCCAAUCCUCCUUUCCAGUGA